GUUCACUUCAAGUUACUGCACCACAGAGGAUACUGCUAAUCACAGGACAUUAGUCUUGUAUCUACAGCAAGUUCUGUUUCUAGUUUUACAGUAACGUAAUGAAUUAGCGUAAAUUGUAAAGUUAUUUAAUUCAGACUUUUCAGCUCUACCUGGUGCAUCCAGCAUCAUGCAUGUUCGGGACAGAAGGCAGGCUGUGGCUGCUGUUUGGAGAGCCUGUUAUUGCUCAGUAACACUACCUGGGAACAGUCAUCCUGGCUAAUUUAUAACUGCAGCGCCUGGGCAGAACAUCAGUGCAAUGCUGCUUUUCAGACGCUGCCACAGCCUGACUCGAUUUGGCCCUCUGACCGCUCAAAGGCCUCAUAUGGCACCUGCCAUGGCAUCGUGUGCAGCUCGUCUGUGGAGCAGCAGCGGCAGUGAGGACCAGAGAUCGUACCGGCGUGCUCACAGUCCCAGCUGGAGACAUGCCCUGGCAGGACUGCUGGCUGGUUCUGGAGCUGUGCUGGCUUAUGGCCUCCACCACCAUAAGGCUGAGCAGGCGGACACCAUCACAGUGCAGACCAUAGAGAAGACCUCAGCUCUUCCCGUCUUCACCCAGGAAGAGGUGACCAGUCAUCGCUCUAUGGCAGAUGGUGUGUGGGUCACUUACAAAGGUGGAGUUUAUGACAUCACUGAGUUUGUGGCCAUGCAUCCUGGUGGGGAUAAAAUCUUGUUGGCGGCAGGAGGAGACCUUGAACCCUUUUGGGCGCUGUAUGCUGUGCACAACCAGGAACAUGUGCUGGAAAUCCUCUCAGAAUAUAAGGUUGGCGAGCUGAGUGCAGAAGACCUUAAGAAGCAACAGACCGUUCAAUCUUCUGACCCCUACUCUUCGGACCCUAAGCGUCACCCCGUCCUGCACAUCAACAGCCUCAAGCCGUUCAACGCUGAGCCGCCCCCUGAAAUCCUGUCCGACAGCUACAUCACCCCGUCUGCAAUCUUCUUCAAAAGAAACCACCUGCCAGUUCCACAGGUGGACCCGGCUUCUUAUCAGCUGCACGUGGAGGGACUACAUGGAGGAGUGCUGACGCUGUCUUUAGAAGAGUUGAAGAAUAAAUUCCCCAAACACACCGUCACCGCCACGCUGCAGUGUGCCGGUAACCGGCGCUCUGAGAUGAAUAAGGUCAAGCAGGUGAAAGGACUGAACUGGGGCAUCGCUGCCAUCAGUAAUGCUACAUGGAGCGGUGCGAGGCUCAGGGAUGUGCUCCUGGCUGCUGGCUAUGGGCCAGAUGUGGCCCAAUGGGCUCAUCAUGUUCAGUUUGAAGGACUAGACAAAGACGUGACGGGGACUACCUACGGUGCCUCCAUCCCUUUAAACAAGGCAGUUAGCGAGGAAGGUGACGUGCUGCUCGCUUACGAAAUGAACGGCGAAGAUCUCCCUGCCGACCACGGCUACCCUGUCCGCGUUGUGGUACCAGGAACUGUGGGUGCACGUAACGUUAAGUGGCUGGGAAAGAUCAUAGUGAGUGCAGAGGAGAGCAGCAGCCACUGGCAGCAGAACGACUACAAGGGCUUCUCCCCUGGGACGGACUGGGACACAGUGGACUUCAAGUCUGCUCCGGCCAUCCAAGAGCUGCCCAUUCAGUCAGCUAUCACCACGCCUGCAGACGGCACUGUGGUCGAUCGCAGCGUUGAGGAGGUGACGGUGAAGGGUUACGCCUGGAGUGGCGGUGGCAGAGAGGUGGUACGUGUAGAUGUCUCUCUGGAUGGAGGAAAGACGUGGCAGGUAGCCCAGCUAAAGGGCAGCGAGAAAGGACAAGUGCCUGAACCCUCGCCCCCACCGGGACGAGCCUGGGCGUGGAAGCUUUGGGAGGUGACGGCUCCUCUUCCUCCUGAGGCUCAGGAGCUGGAGAUAGUUUGCAAGGCGGUUGACAACAGUUACAACAUGCAGCCAGACUCAGUUCCUCCCAUCUGGAACCUGAGGGGUGUGCUGAGUAACGCCUGGCACAGAGUGAAGGUGAAGAUCAGAGAGGAUGAGAGCGAGGAAUAGACUCAGUGGUUUGAUCCACAUUCAGAAUCCAAAAGGUUCACGGCUGAAACAGAGUCAUCAAAGAGUGGACAUUGUUUUACAUGCAGUCACUCAGCAGGAGAAGUGAACAGUGUUAUAGAGACAUAGCACAACAUUUUGAGGUAUAAGAACUAAUACAGCAGUUUUUUUUAAUGCACAGCCUUGAAGUAUUUAUGCAAUCAUGUUGCCUGUGAGAUUUGAAAGAGUUUCAGCGAUACACAGCUGAAACAAAGCUAAAGGCUGUAAAUGACCAAACCAAAACACGUCCAGUUUUAUCUAGUGAUGAGCCACUGGUCUUCAGUGAACAUGUGAUUCAGUUUACUCUGUUGAAAAGAAAACAUUUAUUUUUGUAAUCAGAACAGACACUCUCGAUGUUGCAGAUGUACGCACAGUGUAUGAAAAGGGUUGAAUUACUUAACAUGCAUCAUUUAAAAACCUAGUUUUAAAUAAUAUUAUGAAAGCUUAUUGAAAUGUAGAGGAAUAUUAAGUUUAUUAUGAAGCAAUUACUUUAAAUGAAGGCUACUACAGUUGCAUUGAGUGUUCACUGGAAUGAAGUUGCUGAAAUCAACUGAAGCAUUGCUAGCAUUUGUUAAUCUGCAGCUCUGGCUUUGCUGAUUGAUAACCUUUGACGUUAGAAGAUAAUAGGACUUUUUCUGGGAGCAGCUGUCAGUGGCUUAGAUCAUCAAUGCUUGUUUUUAGUUUGCAAAUCAGAGGUGAACUGUGACCCUCUGUCUGCCAUUCAGUUUGUGGGCCUGCCCCCCACUGUUUGAAAAUAGGUAUGAAGUACCACACCUCCCUGUGGAGAUCUAGCUAAAGUUAGCUGUGUGUAUGCCACAACACUACACAUUGGGGAGGUCAGGGUGCCUCUUGACCACAUGUUUUACCCGAUGGUUGCCAGGUGUCUCUGUGCUCCUGGCAUAUAGGUGAGUGUAAAAUGGAUUGAGGAUUUAGAGAAAGACGGUUGGGUGUUGACUCCUUACAAAGAGAGAUGGAUUUUUAGAUAUAUCCUAUAUAUAUAAUAUCCUCCGUUUUUAGAACUCCUUGUUUGAACUGGAAUGACUGCACAGCUUCUCCAAAAGAAAUUUUUGCUUUUAAUGGUGGUAAAUGGAAAUAUGUGGUAUUAUUAAUAUAUGUGAGUCAUAUUGACAACUGAAUCUGUCAAAUCUGCAAUUCCGGACAUGCAGCCCUGUGAUCAGCACUUUGGAUUACACUAUGUUCCGUGUAAAAUGUACAUUAUCGUUGAGGAUGAUGAAUGAGA